CACCAACAGGCCCCUCAGGGACGGGGAGAUGUUCCAGAUCCGCAUCGACAAACUGGUGGACAAGUGGUCGGGGUCCAUCGAGAUCGGGGUCACCGCCCACAACCCCAACAGCCUCGAGUACCCGGCCACCAUGACCAACCUGCGCUCGGGGACCAUCAUGAUGAGCGGCUGCGGGAUCCUCACCAACGGGAAGGGGACGCGGCGGGAAUACUGCGAGUUCAGCCUGGAUGAGCUGCAGGAGGGGGAUCACAUCGGGCUCACCAGGAAGGCCAACAACGCCCUGCACUUCUACAUCAACGGCGUCGACCAAGGUGGGACCCCAGAACCUGCACCCCAAAAGGGGGACCCCAAAACUGCACCCCAAAAGGGGGACUCCAAAAUGAAGACCCCAAAAGGGGGACCCUAA